AAUGUUACGCCCAGUAGCCGUGGACGCGCCCAUUUACACAGUGGGCGCAGCAAACAGCUCCAGCUGCAUUUGGAGCUCGGCCCCUCACGCACAGCAGACAGUUUCAUCAUGGAGACGAAAGGAGAGCUUGUCGUUGUCAAACGAACCAGUUCAGAGCAGAGGAAACUGCGUUCUCGUGACGCAGCCAGGUGUAGGCGGAGUCAGGAGACAGAGGUGUUUUAUGAGCUCGCCCGCACUCUGCCACUUCCUCGCAGAGUGUCCACACACCUGGACAAAGCUGCCAUCAUGAGGAUCACCCUCAGCUUCCUGCGGAUGCAUUACCUCCUGCAGCCCGGUGACAACCACAAAGAAAAGUCUGAAGAGGAGGAGGAGGUAGAGGAUCCAAUGGAUGCAUUCUAUCCUCAGGCGCUGGCUGGCUUCAUCAUGGUGACGACUGAGGAAGGAGACAUGAUCUACCUGACAGAAAACGUCAGCAGACACGUGGGCAUCACACAGCUGGAGCUGCUGGGUCAGAGUAUUUAUGACUUUGUUCACCCCUGUGAUCAGGAGGAGCUGCGAGACCUGCUAACUCCACGUCCAGGCUUGAGUAAAAAAUGGCAGACAGAGCAGCAGAGCGAGAGGAACUUCUUCCUGCGAAUGAAGAGCACACUGACCAACAGGGGGCGCACCGUCAACCUCAAGUCUGCCACCUGGAAGGUGCUCCACUGCACAGGCCACAUGCGCCGCUUUGGUGGCGGCUCCACGUCGCCCCCUGCAGCCAGAGUGAUGAUUCUGCUGUGUGAGCCCAUCCCUCACCCGUCCAGCGUGGAGUUCCCUCUGGACACCUGCACCUUCCUCACGCGCCACAGCAUGGACCUGCGCUUCACACACUGCGAGGGCAGGUGGGACGAGCAGCCUGGAGCAGAGAGGAAAUCUCUGAACGUCACUGUAUUACACACUUUUUCUUCUGUUUUCAGGGUGAAAGAGUUGGUGGGAUACAGACCUGAUGAUCUGAUCGGUCGCUCGGCCUACGAGUUUCAUCAUGCCCUGGACUCUGAUCAUGUCAACAAAAGCCUGCACACAUUACUGUCCAAAGGUCAGGUGAGCACCAGCCACUACCGUUUCCUGGCAAACAGCGGCGGCUUUGUGUGGGCGGAGACCCAAGCUACCGUCCUCUACAGCAGCAAGACAUCGCAGCCCGAAGCCAUCAUCUGCCUCAACUUCAUCCUCAGUGCCGUGGAGCAGCCAGACGUAGUUUUCUCACUAGAGCAGAUCCGUUGUGACAGUCUGUCUAAAACUGCACCAGAGGACUGUGGGACAUCCGACACCUGUGACCCUGAUCCUGAAAGUGAGCUUGUCAUCGACUCCAGUCAGCCUGAGGAGGGAGGGUCAAGCCCCAGCAGCGUCGCAGACCUCUUCGUUAACCUGCAGGAGAAGCCAAAGCAGCUUGUCCAGUUGUCUCCUGAUGCUGGAGACACAGCUGUGCCACUGGCAAAAGAUUUUGUUGAGCUGUCGUUCGCCAGUCCGCCCAGUCCGAACUGCAUGCCGGAGCACCCUCAGGACCUGUGCACUCCACAACUGCGUCAGCUCCUCACACCCAUCUUCAACCCCAUCACCCCGCCGCCUUCAUCCCCCUCAUCUUCACCUGCUUCUGAGCCAGCACUGAGUCCUUGGAAGGAGGAGGAAGAGAAGAUGGAUACCAGCGAGGUGGAGAAGUUCUUCGCCGUUUGUCCCGAGGAUGGUCCACAGAAAGGACAAACAGUGGAGGGCAUGGAGGGGAUGGAUCUGGACAUGUUGGCUCCCUACAUCUCUAUGGACGACGACUUCCAGCUGACCUUCCUCAGCAGCUUGCCAGAGAAAGCGGACAGGCCUUCGUCUGAGACACCUACAGUUACAGUCAACAGGAAACGCAGCCACAAGCCAGAUGUGGAGGUGCCCCAGCUGCCAAUUCCAGACAAGAGGCAGAAGCAACAUCCUUCCUCCAUGGAAGAGGAAGAGGAACUUCUUCUCAGCCACAGAUUACUGGGCUGCCUGGAGGAAGCCAACCAAUCAGAUCUGAUCUUGGACCCGGACCCAGGCCCAGGGAGUCAGCUGCUCACAGACAGAGACCCUGUGUUAGGAGGCAUACAAGGACUGUGUGAUACUGCAGCUCUGAUGAGGGACUUCUUCGUACCUCACCCACCUGACCUGUCUCCGCCUCUCUCACCGAUGACUUGAUGGAGCUCUCGUCACCCACGAGUUGGCUUGGCUUCUGCGUUCAAAGUGAGGAAGUCCACGCCGGAUCUGUCUGCAAACACAGCAUCUUUAAUGCGCACAUGUAAAAACAUCACACCACAAACAGAAGACAUGCACUCACAGUGUAACCAUGCUGUCAGAUUGAACAAGACGUCCGCUUGUAGCUGAACCGGGAUCGUCACUUAGGUUGUUUUCUCAUCAAUUUCACUGUGAGCUGAUGACGUGUUGUAAAUCAGGCUGGAAACGUCCGACUGAUGGAGCUGCAAUCCACUUUCUUUACUGUGACGUUGCUCAGUCCCGUUUUCCUUCUGUUUUUACGUUUUAUCACAAAUGCAAUGUGAGAAACCACGGUAAUCCGACUGUUUUACAGAAACAGCAGGUGGUGCUAAAUUUUUUUUUUUUCUUUUCAUGUAAAGGUUGUGAAAGAUUAAAAAUCAGAUGAGACAGGUAUAGAAACAUUUCUCUGUGCAGCUAAAUUCACCUUAUUGCGACUUUAUCACAGUUAAUCUCUCUGCUCGAGUGGUUCAAGUAACAGAAACUCCCAUAAUGCUGUACUUCGACUUUUAGCUGACAACUGUCAAGUACGAUCAGUUUUAUUUCUUUCUUGGUCUGUUGCAAACAAAUCACUGCCAUAUUUUUUGAAACAAUUACACCGACAACCUUGCGAAUAUCAGUGGCAUCGAUUAUGUCAGUGGCAUAUUUUUACAUCUUUUUAUAUUCUUGUGCUAAACUUUUUUUAUGAUGCAUUUACUAGAAAGUUCUCUGAGUUUUAUUACCGUCUAUAAAUCCUGAGUCAUAAUUUAGUCACGUGUUUAUUUAUAACCCCUGAGGUGCCGGGUGGGCGGGGUUUACCUGAUCUAACACUCCCUCUAUUGGCUGUCGGACGCUUCACCGUGACCACGAAGUGUCUGCUUUCUGUGCGGUAAACCCAGUGACAGUGGCGCCCCCUGGAUUGAACCACACAACACCAUGAUCCCACAGAUUUGACUUGUCCUUUUUUCUAUAAUUUUAACUGUAUAAUCUGAUUAACUUGGUGUUGAAUCAGUUAUCGUUAUAUACUCAUUAGAAAUGUAACUAAACACUAGUAUUCAUGUUUUGUCAUGUAAACCUUUAAAUGUUUUAACAAAUUGCCUCAACAUAUGCAAGCUGGAAGUAGAUGACAGGGCAGUUUUCGAUGAAGUACUUUGUUUCUACACUGAGAUGUGUGGGGUUGGUUUUAUUUGGCCACAGACUUCUGUCAUUUAAACCCUCAAAUUGUCCCAGUUCAGUGUAAAAAUCACUUUGUCUCACAGAUGCGACGUAGGUCUUCCAAAGAGGUCUGUGCCUUUUAUCAACCAUGUCAUUGAAGGGUUGUCUGAGUCCCCAGUGAUUUUAAAUGAGAAGAUGAAAUACUCAGUUUUUAUUUUUACUGUUUGUCCUGUAAGCAUUUCCAAUCUAAAUAAAGCUGUCAAAGCAAAAGCAGGA